GACAUUGAUUGCAGGCGGACCACUAGACGACUGCAGAACAACACUUGCCCUUAACCUGACAUGAAGUACCUUUGAGAUAUUUUUUCACUAUAAUUACUGUGAAAAAAGAUAUUAUAAAAGCGCAAUGCCUCUUGCGGCUGAUGCUUUCGUGUCGCAGAUAGCAGCUGCUGAACCUUGGCCUGAAAAUGCGACCUUGUACCAACCACUGAAGGAGGAUCAGAUUCUGCUUUCAGACUGUGCCUCAUCUCUUGCUGUUCAGGCCUACCUCCGGAUGUGUGGUCUACCAGUGGAGGUGGUUUACAGAGCAAAUGCUGAAUACAUGUCACCGUCUGGUAAAAUUCCUUUUAUUCAUGUAGGGAACCAGGUGGUGUCAGAACUUGGGCCCAUAGUGCAGUUCACUAAAGCUAAGGGUCACUCUCUGAGUGACGGCUUAGAUGAUGUUCAGAGAGCUGAAAUGAAAGCUUACAUGGAGCUGGUCAACAACAUGCUGCUAACUGCUGAGUUAUACAUCCAGUGGUGUGAUGAAGCUACAGCUGCUGAGAUCUCUCGUCCCAGGUACAGCAGUCCCUACUCGUGGCCUCUCAGUAGCAUUCUCGCCUAUCAGAAGCAGUGGGAAGUACGCAGGAAGAUGAAUGCAAUCGGCUGGGGAGGGAAAACACUGGAGCAGGUUUAUGAAGAUGUGAGUCAGUGCUGCCAAGCUCUUUCUCAGAGGCUGGGGACACAACCAUACUUCUUUAAUAAACAGCCUACAGAGCUGGAUGCGCUGGUUUUUGGUCACCUCUUCACUAUACUGACCACCAGACUGACCAGCACAGAGCUGGCAGAGAGGAUCAAAAGUUACAGCAACCUCCUGUCCUUCUGCAGACGCAUCGAGCAGACCUACUUUGAAGACAAGACUUCUUGAAGGACUGAAAAUAAUUUCUGUUAUAUCAACAUGUACAUUCUACAUUUUCUUCUCUCAUUCCCCUUAAUUCUACACUGAGAAGCUAAAAACUGCCCAUACCUUCAAACCUGACCAUUUUAAUUAUUUUUCUUUAAUUCCCUUUGCCUCCUGCUUGUGUAUUGCUACAUGCAGCUGAUAAGACUGCAGAGAAGCCAGUUCUUUUAAGAAUUUUGAUGUGUCAACAAUACAUGAAUAGAUGUGCCAGAGUGGGAGAUCUUUAUCAGAAUCCCAGGAAAAUAAUACACUAAAAUUGCAGUAAAUGCUACUCUUUGGGAUAAUUAUCAGCAUAUGUAUACUAUAUGAAAUAUAUAAGUUGAACCCAUGUCAGAGUGAUUGUUGAAAUGCAGCAAAGUCAGCCUGAUUAACCUUGAUUAUUUUAGCUGAACAAGUCUCUAGAAAUAGAUGAAAAGUCAUUGUUAAUGAUAAACAGAACCUUCAAAGCUUUCAGAGAUUAAAUGUCGGUUUCAGUGGUACAUUAGCUGGAUGAAUGCUCAAUACAGAGAUGUUGGCUUAUUUAUUUACUCUGUUUCUAUAAUUUUUUGCUCCAUUUCACCGGAAUGUUGUUUCCUGUUAGAUAUACCAUUGUAAACCCUCUUUAGUCACCCUCACUCUGAGCGGUGGAUUAUGGAUUUCACAGCUGUGUCACAUGACCGCCCUUUCAGAAGGCAGAACUCCACUUGACCUGACUUUGAGGUCAAAUGGCAUGCAGUGUUUUUCCUCUUGGGGACUUGCAAGCUUGCAGGAAAUGCAGAACAGUCUUGGUAUACCACAACAAAGGAUCAGAGUUGUUUUCUUAUGUAGUAAAACUUUGAACAUAAUGAUGAGGAUGUGAUUUAUUCUUGAGGUUUUUCCACAUUGUUUUUCUUUGUGUGAAUGGGAAGUGCCUACAUGAUAAAGAGACUCCUCUCAGUAGACCCCCACCCCCCCCCCGACCACUUCACCUAACACCAAUAAAACAUAUUUGAAAGUU